UGUUUAUUCAGGGUAAAAACGAAUAGAAGAAAAAUAAAUCCGCAACAGUUGGGAUAAAAAAGUGCGAUGCAGGUGAUGAUGGUCUAUCCAAAAGACUUGGCGUGUUGGUGAAACCAGCUUCACCAAAGUUCCUAAAAGCAGAGAGAGAAUAAGUUACAAAACGAACAAGAGUGCAAAUCCAUUUCGCCAUUUUCACUCAUUUCAACCAAAAGCGAUGAACUUCUAGCUAGGUUUACAUUUUGCUAUAAUCUGAAUGAUUCGAGGCGGAUAGUUUCAGAGUUAUUUCCUCCAACUUUUCUGGAUGAAUUUACCUUAGUGAAUUUGUGAAGAUUGAAGAAUAGUUUUUAUAGAUAUAUAUUACUUGUCUGCAGAAAAGAUUCAAAAUGAGUUGGAACCCGCACAUGGAAGUCCAUUACAAUAACAUCAGCUAUCCUUAUAAUACAGCAGGAAGCUUUAUUGAAUAUUUUGAAGGCCUCACCUACGAACAUGUUAACUUCAUUUUUUCCGGUGCAUCACAUGCUCAGGAGAGUCCGUAUCCUCCAAGUUCAAACUUUUACAAAUUUGGACUAUCAGAACCUGAGAAUACUUCAUACUAUCGCUACAGUCAGGGAUAUGAGGUAAAUCAUCAUGAGCCACUAGUGGAUGAUUAUAGAAGGCCUUCAGAAAACUCUUCAACAAUCAGUGAACAGAGUCUGGCUGUCAGCACUGAAUGGGGAGAAGAUGGAAACACUGAAGCACAAGACAAUUCUAUUGAAUGCCCUCGAAGACAUCAUAGUAAUUCCAAUGAUUCUCAGGUCAUUUGGCAAGACAAUAUUGAUCCAGACAACAUGACCUAUGAGGAAUUACUUGAAUUAGGCGAGGCUGUCGGAACUCAAAGCCGUGGUCUCACCCAAGAACAGAUCUCCAUGCUUCCAGUUUCAAAGUUCAAGUGUGGGUUCUUCUUGAGGAAGAAGUCGCGGGAUGAGAGAUGUGUGAUUUGCCAGAUGGAAUAUAAAAGAGGCAACAAGAGGAUCACUUUGCCUUGUAAACAUGUUUAUCAUGCUACUUGUGGAAACAAAUGGCUUAGCAUUAAUAAGGCUUGCCCUAUAUGUUAUACAGAAGUGUUUGCCGACAAAUCAAAACAAAAAUAAAGGACAAGGGAAUGUGUAGCCUACAUAUGUUUCUGUUUGUGGUAAAGGUUGGGUUUUUUUCCCAUAGAAAUACAUUGAUCUGUUUCUCACGGUAAGAUAAACAAUUUCGUUGGGUUUAGUUCUAAUACAAAUAGAGUAGUAUCCCAAAGUUUUAUAAAGAAUAUGGACAUGAAUCAUGAUUGUGUUGGGGAAGCUGGAUUAUGGUUUGUUUUGUUUUAUUUUUAUACAGUGUGCUAUGAUUUCAUGUACGUAUUAUCACCAGCUGCUGAUAUAGUGUUAAUGUUGGAGAGCCUGGAAUUAAAACACGCAUCCAUAAUUUAUACGAAAGUUAGAGCUUAUUAGA